AUCAUGUGAUGAAGGAGAGCGCUUGGCUUGCUGUGUUGAGAUCGGAUGUAAGACACACACCCACACACACACAUAGAGACAGGCUGUGCAGGAUCCAGUCGCACACACACACACACACGCAGUCUUAUGACUGCUGCUGGCACCGGAACCUGAACGAGACGUGAGGCGGGCGGUGUGCAGCUGCUCCUUCUGCCAGGAGCGGAGAGCAGCGGGGUAAAGCAUCGAUGCCUCCGGGUCUCCUCUCACAUCCCGGCCUGAUCCUGUUCUCGUCACCGGGCCUCCUGCGCUGAGAUAAUGAAAGGAUGGCCGAGCAGCGAUGCUCGGACAACGCGGGGCUGACGGAUGCUGCCGCAGCGACCCGCCGGGAUGAGCAGCCGCAUCAGCCGCAUCAGCGCGCCAUGAAUUCGGCGGAGGGAGCAGGUGCGGAGGGCCUGACUCUGGAGGACAUACUGAGGCUGUACAGCCAGCCCAUCAACGAGGAGCAGGCAUGGGCGGUGUGUUACCAGUGCUGCAGGACGCUGGCGAAGGGGCACCGGAGCAGAGGGAGCUCCUCCGCCGCCACCGGAGCAUCACCAGCGGCGGCUCCGAGGAGAAUAUCCGGAGCAGCGGAUGUUUGGAUUCAGAGAGAUGGGUCUGUGAUGGUGGAGCACCAGGGAUGUGAAGAUAAAUUCAGCCCUUGCACAACAACAGAGGUGAUUGAGUCUUUGGGCAUCAUGAUCUACAAGGCUCUGGACUACGGACUAAAGGAGAAUGAAGAGAGGGAGCUCAGUCCUCCUCUGGAGCAGCUCAUCGACCUCAUGACCAACAUUGGCGAGGCCACAAAGGACGCCUGCCCUGAUGAAGGUUAUGAGGCCACAGAGGAGGAGGACGAGGCAGAGGAUGAUCCUGAUAGUGUCUACACUGUUCAUGGUUACAGAGAUAUCCUCAAGCUGUGUACGACUCAUCUACCCAGCCUAUCAGACGCCCCCAGUCACUACCAGGCAGUGUGUCGGGCUCUGUAUACAGAAACCAGGGAGCUGCACACUUUUCUGGAGAAGAUCAGGAGUGCCAAAGAGAACCUCCGUAAAAUGGAGGCGGACUCGUCAGAGGAAUCCAAUCGUGACCUGAUCGAGCUGCAGAACACUGACUGGGCUCGGUUCUGGGUCCAGGUGAUGAGGAACCUACGUGAAGGAGUCAAGCUAAAGAAGGUGCAAGAGCGUCAGUACAACCCUUUGCCCAUCGAGUACCAGCUCACUCCCUAUGAGAUGCUCAUGGAUGACAUCAGGUUCCAACGUUUCAAGCUACGCAAAGUCAUGGUGAAUGGAGUCAUCCCACCCAGGUUAAAGAAGAGUGCUCAUGAAGUCAUCCUGGAGUUCAUCAGGUCCAGACCACCUCUCAACCCUGUGUCAGCUCGCAAGCUGAAGCCACAGACUCAGCAACCUCCGACCCUGCAUGAGCGGAUCCUGGAGGAAAUCAAAGCAGAGAGGAAACUGCGACCUGUGUCACCUGAUCAGGUCCGCAGAGGAAGGCUGGGUUUUGGCAAAACUCGCAGUAUGCCACAGGAUUUGUUCCGUGCAGGAACAGAUGAGUUUAGUCCGUACAUGGGCAGAAGGACGUCCAGCUCUCUGUCUCUGAGCAACGGAACAGCUUCCCCCAGACUAGAGCCCUCUGGAUGUCACUCUGCACCUCAGAGGAAAAGGCUCCUGAAGGCUCCCAGCCUCGCCGAGCUGUCCAGCUCGGACUCUGAUGAUGAGAUUUUUGGGCGCAUAUCAGCCAGCAGCUCCAGUAUGGCCACAUCUGUGAUGGAUGAUACAUCGCCGGAGUCUGUGCUGGGGAAGAAAACUCCCCCCAUGUUCCUUCCCAUCUCCUCCACACCUCAGCCAGAGAGGCGUCAGACCCCCCAGAGGAGACACUCCAUCGAGAAGGAAACCCCGACCAACGUGCGACAGUUUCUGCCACCUUCCAGACAGAGUUCCAGGUCUCUGGAGGAGUUCUGUUUCCCUGUGGAGUGUCUGUCUCUGACGGUGGAGGAGGUGAUGCACAUCAGACAGGUGCUGGUCAAGGCGGAGCUGGAGAAGUUCCAGCAGUACAAAGAAAUCUACAUCGCUAUGAAGAAAGGAAAGCUCUGCUUCUGUUGUCGAAGCAAAAGGUUUUCCCUUUUCACCUGGUCUUACAUCUGCCAGUUUUGCAAAAAGCCUGUCUGUUCACAGUGUUGUAAAAAGAUGCGGCUGCCAUCCAAACCUUACUCCAGUUUGCCCAUCUACUCCAUUGGCUCGACCAAAACCCUCCCGAGGGAGAGGAUAACAGCCAUGGCUGCUGUGGGACAAGGACUCUCUGUGGACGAAGUGCCGGGGACGUCAGUGGAGCAAGCGGUUGAGCCGUCCCCUGCUGUGAAAAGGGCAACGAUGGGAUCACCUAGAGGAGCUGCAAAACCUGCUGGAGCAGCAGCUGCUGCAAAAUCUGAGAGAUCCUCCAGUAGUCCGCAGCGCCACAGCAUCCAGAAGACCAUGUCCAAGUUCUCGAAGCACGGCUCUUUAAAGUCUCACGAAGAACUUGAGCUUCCCUCGGAGCUGACGGAGGACUGGGCCACCAUGGAGGUGUGUGUGGACUGCAAAAGGUUUAUCUCCGACAUAAUUGCCUCCAGCAAGCACAGCCUGUCUCUUGCCACCAAGAGGGCUCGCUUAAAACGCAAGACCCAAUCCUUCUACUUGUCCUCUCCUAGAGGAGGGGAGGAGUACCGGCCCUCUGAACGAACAAUCAACGAGAUCUGAAACUCUUCAUUCGUCUCCCUGGCUGCUCUCAGCUCAGAUUGCACAAUUAGAACACUCCCUGGAUAUGAUGAUUAUUGUACAUGUGUAAUUCAGUAAGAUUAAGCUCUCACAGUGGCUGGCGUGAACCUUAGUCUUAGACAGUGUGGUCUCGUUGCUGUGUCCUGAUCAUCGUGUACAGCUCCUCCAGACAACAGCUUACUGUAGAUUUAUUUUUUCUUUAUCAUAGAUGAUCCUUUAAAUUCUGACCACAGACCUUUGACUUAAGAGGCAAGAACAAUGCAGAUUGAACUCCCUCCUGUCUGCUCGCACAAAAGCAUGGUCCACCCCAACUCACAUUUCAAAUCAACAAGCACAAGACAGAAGAAGGACUGGUGUGUGACGUCCUCAGGCACUUGCACUGCAGGAGACACAGACAUCAUGUUGUGAACUUAGGGUGACACAACUGAAACUGUGGAAUAUCAAACUGUUAGUUUUAUAUGGGUUUGAAAUUAGUUUUUUUUUUUUUACACAUGUAUAUAUACAGUAAAUGAUUGUUCGAUAAAAGGUCACCCUUUGUUUAUUGAUUUGUAGCUUUAUUUUUCUGAUGAAGCUUUUUUGUUUCCCAAGUUUUACAAAGCAUCACUGUUCUUCUUUAGGAAAAAAAAACAUCACGUGUUUUAUUUUGCAUCACAUCUAGAAAGAUCAUCUGUCAUUAAUGCAGAAUUAGUGCCAAAUAUAACUUCUUUCUCAUCAGUCUUACACCUGCUGUGUGUUUGCAGUGAACUUGCAACAAACUGGGCCAACCCCUGGUUAUUAAAAAAGUGGUUCCAUUCCAAAUCAGAUGCAUUUCUCUAUGUUAAAUAUUCAAGCUACAGAAGCUACGCUCAAAGCAAAGGUUUCUUGAAAAACACCCUUAAGUAUGUUUCAGUAAGAGCUUAACUCUCAAACUCAGCUAAUGUGCUACUAUGCGGCUGUGGCUUGUGUCAGAUUUGAUUACCAGUGUCCUGGCAAUGUAAAUGGGCAGGGUUUGGGUAAAUAGACUAUUUAUCUAGCACUUUUCCAGUCUUAUCUACCUUUCAAAGUGCUUUACUGUACAAUUCACAUUCACUCAUUCACACAUUCAUUUCUAUACAUACCAUUCUUAAACUCCCGUCAGGAGUCCAUUGGGGUUCAGUAUCUUGCCCAACGACAUUUCGGGAUGCAGACUGAUGAAGCCUUGGACACAUUAUGAAAAAUAUGGUUAAAACUGAUGCAGUGGGGUCUGAGAUAUUGUAUCUUUUAGUGCCUGUAGAGGUCAAGCUUUAAAAGUGCUUAAUAUCCCAAAAUGCAACUCAACAACAAUAUUUAAUAUUACCCAGCUGUAGAGAGUAACUUCAUGUGGAAAAUUGUUGCAGUGCCCCCUAUAUGAGAAAACAACCCUACAACUAUCAUCUGAUUUGCGUUGCUAAAUCCUGACUGAUCAAAGUACAUGACAUCACCUGUUUCCAACUGAGCCCCGCCCACUUCAAGCCAGUGAUAUGAAAAGCACAAGACAAAAAUAAAAUACUGUCGGAUCCCAUCACAAACAGAAGGCAGCUGAUUCAGAAAAGACUUUUCUGUCUUUUAAUGUUGCCUAACCAGACAUAUAUAACAGAAAUGUAAAGUAUGUUCAUUUGGAAUCAUUAUUUUGUGUAUUUGUGUCUCUCAGAUGUGCAUAGAACCACACAAAGAAACAUUAUUAUCUGCAGUACCAUGUAUAAUUUUUCAGACUUGCCAAUUAAUCAUUUAUAUGAAACAUCUGCAUAUUUUUGCAUUUAUUCUUAAAUAUACCUUUACAUUGAUAAAUGUAUAGUGUUAACUCCAUUAUUAGACUCCUGACUUGUGUUGUCAUGUAAAAAAAACACCUCAUUUUUAUGUGUUUGUACUGAUAUACGUUUAAUGAACCCCAUCUGUCAGUACAAACAUAUGUUUAACACAUACAACAAGUGGUAAUAUAAUGCAUUUAUGAUUUUCCUCCAUCAUCCAGAGUCUCAUAGGCAGGAUUAAUUACCUGAGUUGUGGCCUGGAUCCAUUUUACCCUUCAUUACAUUCCUCCUGUGAUAUUUCUGCCUUAAAAUUUGCCUUUUUUUAUGGUCACACUCACAUGUUGAACAGUCAUCUACUGUUACUGUACAUACUUUGUUUCUGAUGGUUUUUUGGUAGGUCAGGUCUGUGUUGAUCCGGUGAUAUCUCAACAGUGUGUUCAGCUCGAUGUGAUGGGGAGGUGUUGGAGGUCCACGGGGAAAAAAAAAACUCACAGUGUGACAGACGGCAUCAUGCAUGUACUACAGUGUAGCUUGUACCUUAAAGUCUGUAUUACCUUUAAGCUGUAACUCCCUGCAGAGUUUGCAACAGAUGAUGACUACAACAAUAAACUAAUGGAAAACCUGUC